CCUCGCCGGCACGGAGAGCAGAUGCGCGCGCUCCUUCCCGCCGCCGGGACAGCGCAGGGCAGCCGAGGGGGGACCGUCGCGCCUCCGCCGCGCGCCUUCGCCCCGGAGCCUCUGAGCCUCGAACCCCGGCCGGCGCCCCGCCCGCGCCUCCCGCUGCGGCGGCGCGCGCAGUUCCCCCACUAAGCACGACCCCUCCGAGGAACCGCCGCGGCGCCGGAGCAGGACCCCGCCGCGGCCCACGGACCGUCUCCCGCCAGAGGACCCCGAGCCGAGCCGGGCCCCGGGGGCGCCCGGCCAGGACCCCGGCGCGGGGAGCGCCCCCCGCCGGCCCGCGCGCCAGACGUCGGUGCGGCGCCCGCCCGGGACGGGCAUGAAGCUGGAGGUGUUCGCGCCGCGCGCGGCCGCGCCGCCCGGGGACCAGCCGGGGGCCGGGCCGGAGGGGGUCCCCGGCGGCGGCGCGGGGGACGCGUCCUCGCCGCUGUCGGCCGCCGGCGACGACUCGCUGGGCUCGGACGGCGACUGCGCCGCCAACAGCCCCGCGCCGGGCGCCGGGGAGCCGGCGGGAGGCGGCGAUCGGGACGCGGGCGGCGAGCCGGACGACGACGAGGAGAGCGCGGCGGGCUCGGCGUUGGCGUUGGCGGCGGCCGGGCCGGGCGCGGCGGCGGGCACCGCGGGCAGCGGGGGCGCGGCGGGGCCCGGCGCGGCGGGGGGCGCGGGGCCCGGCGAGGGGGGCGCGCGCGGCAAGCCGUACACGCGGCGGCCCAAGCCCCCCUACUCGUACAUCGCGCUCAUCGCCAUGGCCAUCCGCGACUCGGCCGGCGGCCGCCUGACGCUGGCCGAGAUCAACGAGUACCUCAUGGGCAAGUUCCCCUUCUUCCGCGGCAGCUACACGGGCUGGCGCAACUCGGUGCGCCACAACCUCUCGCUCAACGACUGCUUCGUCAAGGUGCUGCGCGACCCGUCGCGGCCCUGGGGCAAGGACAACUACUGGAUGCUCAACCCCAACAGCGAGUACACCUUCGCCGACGGCGUGUUCCGGCGCCGCCGCAAGCGGCUGAGCCAGCGCGCGCCCCCCGCGCCGGGUCCCGCGCCGGGCCCCGACGACGCGCCGGGCCCCGCGCCCUCCGGUGCCGGUGCCGGUGCCGGUGCCGGUGCCGCCGCCCCGGCCUCGCCCCGCGCGCGCUCGCCCGGCCGCCCCGAGGGUCGCGGCAGCCCGGCGGGCAAGUUCUCCAGCUCCUUUGCCAUCGACAGCAUCCUCAGCAAGCCGUUCCGCAGCCGCCGCGCGCCCGCCUGGACCGCGCCCCCGCUGCCCGCCUACCCCGCGCUGCUGCCCGGCGCGCCCCCCGGCGCGCCCCUGCUGCCGCUGUGCGCCUACGGCGCGGCCGAGCCGGCGCUGCUGGGGAGCGCGCGGGGCCCCGACGCGCCCCCGCCGCCGCCGCCGCCGCCGCUGCUCUUCUCGCCCGUCGUCGCGGCCGCCGGCCCGGCCAAGCCUUUCCGCGGCCCGGCGGGCGGCGGCGCCGCGCCCCUGUACUGCCCCCUCCGGCUGCCCGCGGCCCUGCAGGCGGCGGUGACCGGUGGCCCCGGCCCGCACCUGUCCUACCCCGUGGAGACGCUCCUGGCCUGA